AUGGAGAGUCCCGAGUUGGUUCUCUUGCCGCCGACACCGUUGAAGUUCUCCCAUAGUUCAAAUAGAACUACACCCUCUCCGGUCUCGACAGCGUCGAGUUCAAGAGUCUCCAAGGUCGAAGACCGCCUGUCGUCGGAAACGACGAUAUUCACAAUAUACUCUAUGUAUGGGGAGGACGACCAUGCGGGCAAGGCUACUGCGAGAUGGUCAGCCUCUGCGCACCCUGAGACGAUAAAUGAUCAAAAGCCAAGUGAUUCCGUCUUGUCUCCCUCCCCUCAUCUGCCCACGAUAAACAAUUCAAUGUCUCCACGUCGUUCCUUGCCUCAGUCGGAGCGCUACCUGUCCACAGAGCUCGCAUAUUUCGACCCAGACAGCCCAAAGGUGCCCCCACCCCGGACGAGCAGUCUUGGCAAGCUGCCAGCACUCUCGGUGCCCAAUACACCCUUGCCAUAUUCACCCGGGGGAUUAGCUGCUGGUGCGCAGGCACGUCGUCCUGCUUCUUACGACCCUUCUUCCCAUCCCGAGCCUCUUUCAUAUGGAGAACGAACUUCAAUAGGGCAGACUUUCCGAACUAGCGAAGCAACCACCUCUUCUUCCUCUGAACCCGGCCUCUCCUCGUUUUCGCCUUCACGGGGCUCGUCUCAUAGUCAAGAAAGUUAUCACAGUGGAAAAGGUUCGUCAAUGUAUCAUACGCCGAAUCACGAGCUCCCUCCCGUCCCGCCUACGGUAUUCCGACAUGCUACACCUCCACCUGCCAUAUCCUUCUCUCGACCAAGUACGCCCCCUCGCCAGCCUUCGCCACAUGUACUCCUCCAGACACCGCAGUCGUCUCCAUUGAAACACCCAGCAUCUUCGCCAUCAAGCAAAGUUUCCCUCGUGCCUUCGGAAGGCGAAGAUGUUGAUGCCUUCCACGUUAGAAGCACAUACGCCCAAUUGGAAGUUUCGGGGGUGAAGGGGGAUGGGUUUGACGAAGGCGUCGAACGUACACGGGCUCGCGUGGGUAAUAGCAGAGCGAGCCAGCAUCUUGCCGACCAGGCAAUAGGCGAUGGGAGCGAGAAGGUCAGGGACAUAAAUCUCAAAGAGAUAGAACUCUUGUCGAGUCUCGACCGUUAUGGAUUCUUCACUAUCCCAUCCCAUGAUCGGCUCGUUCUUCUCCCUUCCGCACCUCUACUCAAACGUCUAUCUCCCAUCCCCCAAGGUCCAACUGAUCAUCCGCCGCAAGCUAAAACCCUCAGCUCCGUCCCUCCACCUCAACCCCCGGUCCGAGAAACUGCCAGAAUUGCAAAAUGGCAACGUAUGCUCCAACCUGGGACGCGUGACGAAGGCCAGAACAUCGCAUCGUGGCGAAUUAAGCCUAACAAAGAGCAUAAAGUCGUCGAACGAACGUAUAAGGGUAUUCCAGACAGAUGGAGAAGCGCUGCAUGGGAGUUGUUGAUGAGUCGGUUCACAGGAACUGGGAGACGAGAGUUGGAGAGGUGGGCCUCUGAGUAUAGAGACGUGAUGGAGAAACCUUCGACCUACGACAUUCAAAUCGACUUGGAUGUACCACGGACGAUCAGUGGGCAUAUCAUGUUUCGUACGCGUUAUGGUGCAGGACAACGGUCGUUGUUCCACGUCCUGCAUUGUUUCUCGCUACAUUGUGAGCAAUGUGGAUAUGUCCAAGGCAUGGGACCUAUUGCCGCGACGCUCCUUUGUUACUUUGACCCCGCACACGUCUACGCCGCUCUUAUUCGCCUCCACGACACUUACCAGAUGCACACCAUCUUCUCUCCUGGGUUCCCCGGUCUCCUUGAAGCCAUCUACGUACAAGAGCGCAUCACCGAACAGAUGAUGCCGCACGUAUACGCUGCCUUCAAACGCCAUAUGAUUUCUACCACCUCCUACGCGACAAAGUGGUAUAUUACCCUCUUCGCCAACUCCGUCCCUUUCCAGACGCAGCUCCGAUUAUGGGACGUAUUCUUGCUCGAGGGUCAUGAUGUCUUCAUCGCUGUGUCGGUCGCAAUUGUGUGGGUCUACCGAGAUCACAUAACGUCUAGCGCGGCCAACUUCGAAACCGUCCUAUCCCUUCUUUCCUCGUUCUUCGUCCCCGAAGACGAGAACGCCCUCCUGUUAUGGAUCGGGAAGGUCCUCGGCGACAAGAGGUUACGAGCGAACAUUCGGAAAUGGAGAGCCGAGUGGCAGGAGCUCGUGAAGACGGGUAAAGACUCGACAGCUCUGUUAUAA